CUCUGUGAAAUGUGACAGUGGCAAGAAGUUGCAUCUGGUUUAUACCAAGGAAGCUAAAGAGGUGACUUGAUCACUGCCUUCAAGUACAAGGUGGGGUGAUAUGAAAGGGAAUGCUCAGCAGCCCUACCCAGCCACAACUAGAGGAGUCAGAAGAGGACAGAUCCAGAAGCCAACUACUCUGUGGUCUUAUCCAUUGAGAUGUGCCACUGUCAGCUUGUUUUCCCUCUGCCCCGGAUCUGCUGCAAAUGGAACCAUUUGGAAUCCAGCCUAAAUCCCACUGGAGCAAUUGGGAUGCAGAUGGCAAGGAAAGCUGAAGGGCAUUUGGAUGCAUGCUUUCACAUGGACAUCUAAAUGGGAGAGAGGGUCGUCUAGAAGCACGCAAAGGAGGAGACAAGCAUUGGGAAGAAACUGUCAGAGCAUCUGAAACGCCUCCUUCAUUAUCCCAGCUUUGGGAGCACUUACUUAACCUAUAUCAGCAUGGCUCAAAACAACAUCAAUGUUUGUCUCCGGAGUGAAAAGGAAUAAUGUGCUUUGUUCUGCUGCUUCCUAUUCAAAGAGGAAUAGCAUUGGGAAGCAGAAGUUGCUGUGAAGGUGAAAGGUUCUGCAACUGACUCACUGGAAAAGGGGGAGAAGGAUGUGCAAAAGAACCUGCAGAUAUCCCAGUGGGUUGCAGGCGCUGGACAUGGACACAGAGGAUGACCCCUUGUUGCAGGACGCCUGGCUGGAUGAGGAGGAUGAAGAAGUUGCCUUCAGCUCAAGGAAGAGACGGGAAGGUGCUCUGUUGUGUGGCAAAAGCUCCUGCAAGGUCAGGCCUCUGCGUGUCACACUGCCAGUCAGUGGCUUCUGGAAUAUCGUAGGCUGGAUAUUUACCAACCCAUACUGUGCUGGCUUCAUCCUUUUCCUGGGCUGUGCCAUCCCUGCUGUGCUCGCUGUUGUCAUGUUCCUCCACUACCCAGCACUGGACAUUGAUAUCUCCUACAAUGCCUUUGAGAUCCGUAACCACGAGUCUUCGCAGCGCUUCGACGCGCUCGCCUUGGCCCUUAAGUCCCAGUUUGGGUCGUGGGGGAGGAACCGCCGUGACCUGGCUGACUUCACCUCCGAAACCCUGCAGAGGCUCAUCUUUGAGCAGCUCCAACAGCUGCACCUCAACGCUUCCCACCUACAGGUCAGCACGCGGGCCAAGCGCAGCACCCCACAGAGCAGGGUGAGCUCCCCUGAGCCCCGUGCCCACCUACACCCAGGAAAUGAGACGUCCCGUGUCACCAGGGGAGCCCCGCGCUGGGAUUACUCCAACACUUACAUCAGUGCCAACACUCAGACACACGCACAUUGGCGCAUUGAGCUCAUCUUUCUGGCCAGGGGGGACUCUGAGAAUAACAUCUUCACCACGGAGCGCCUGGUGACCAUCCAUGAGGUUGAACGUAAGAUCAUGGAUCAUCCUCGCUUCAGGGAGUUCUGCUGGAAGCCCCAUGAGGUCCUGAAGGACCUGCCCUUGGGUUCCUACUCCUACUGCUCCCCUCCCAGCUCCCUCAUGACCUACUUCUUCCCCACGGAGAGAGGAGGGAAGAUUUACUACGAUGGCAUGGGACAAGACCUUGCUGAUAUCCAAGGGUCCUUGGAGCUGGCCAUGACCCACCCCGAGUUCUACUGGUAUGUAGAUGAGGGUUUGUCUGCUGAGAACAAGAAGAGCUCCCUGCUGCGGAGCGAGAUCCUCUUUGGGGCACCACUGCCCAACUACUACUCAGUGGAGGAUCGCUGGGAGGAGCAACGCCAUAAGUUCCAGAACUUUGUUGUCACCUACGUGGCCAUGCUGGCCAAGCAGUCUACGAGCAAAGUGCAGGUGCUGUAUGGAGGGACGGAUUUGUUUGACUAUGAAGUGAGGAGGACUUUCAACAAUGACAUGUUGCUGGCCUUCAUCAGCAGUAGCUGCAUAGCUGUCCUGGUUUACAUCCUUACCUCCUGCUCAGUGUUCCUGUCAUUCUUUGGCAUCGCCAGUAUCGGGCUGAGCUGUUUGGUGGCUCUGUUCCUGUACCACGUCGUUUUUGGGAUCCAGUACUUGGGCAUACUCAAUGGUGUGGCUGCCUUUGUCAUUGUGGGGAUUGGGGUUGAUGAUGUCUUUGUGUUCAUCAACACCUACCGCCAAGCCACCCACCUCAAAGACCUGCGGCUACGCAUGAUCCACACUAUCCAGACAGCAGGGAAGGCCACCUUCUUCACUUCCCUGACCACAGCCGCAGCUUAUGCUGCCAACAUCUUCUCUCAGAUCCCAGCUGUGCAUGACUUUGGACUCUUCAUGUCGCUGAUCGUGUCCUGCUGCUGGGUGGCUGUGCUCUUCACCAUGCCAGCUGCUCUCGGAAUAUGGACUCUUUAUGUGUCCCCACUAGAGAGCUCCUGCCAAACCAGUUGCAGUCAGAAGUGCACCAAGAAGAGUGCUUUGCACCUGGCUGAAGAUCUCUUCAUUGCCUCCGAAGGCACCUCUGGAGCAGGGCAAGAAACACUGCCCUACCUUGAUGAUGACAUCCCACUGCUCAGCGUGGAGGAGGAGCCUGUGUCUCUGGAAAUGGGAGAUGUUCCCUUGGUAUCUGUGAUGCCAGAAAAUCUGCAGCUGCCUGUGGAGAAGAGUAACCGAGGUCAUCUGAUAGCUCAUCUGCAAGAGCUUCUGGAGCACUGGGUGCUGUGGUCUGCAGUGAAGAGCAGAUGGGUGAUUGUGGGGCUCUUUCUCCUUGUUUUGCUCCUGUCCAUAUUCUUUGCCAGCCGCCUCCGCCCAGCUAGCCGUGCUCCAGUCCUAUUCCGUCCAGACACCAACAUCCAGGUGCUGCUAGACCUGAAAUACAACCUGAGUGCUGAAGGCAUCUCCUGCAUUACCUGCUCAGGUUUGUUUCAGGAAAAGCCCCACAGUUUGCAGAACAACUUCCGAACAUCCUUAGAAAAAAAGAAGAGAGGCUCUGGAUCACCCUGGGGAAGCAAAGGGAGCAUAAGUGAUACAGGGCAGCAAGAUCUGCAAGGGACUGUGUAUAUCUCCAAGUCCAGAAGCAAGGGAAGGCCAGCCAUCUACAGAUUCUCUCUCAAUGCCAGUAUCCCUGCCCCCUGGCAGAUGGUGUCACCGGGAGAUGGAGAGGUGCCUUCAUUCCAGGUGUAUAGAGUGCCUUUCGGUAACUUCACCAGGAAGCUGACAGCUUGUGUGUCCACAGUAGGGCUGCUUAAGCAGACGAGCCCCAGGAAGUGGAUGAUGACUACCUUGUCCUGUGAUAGCAAGAGAGGCUGGAAGUUCGACUUCAGUUUCUACGUGGCCGCCAAGGAGCAGCAGCGAACAAGGAAGCUGUAUUUUGCCCAAUCACACAAGCCUCCUUACCAUGGCAGAGUGUGUGUGGCACCUCCUGGUUGUCUUCUCAGCUCCAGCCCAGAUGGACCCACUAAAGGCAUCCUUUAUGUUCCCAGUGAGAAAGCAGCACCCAAAGCAAGGCUCUCAGCGACUUCUGGGUUUAAUCCUUGCAUGAACAUGGGCUGUGGGAAGCCAGCAGUGAGACCACUGGUGGACACAGGAGCCAUGGUGUUCGUUGUCUUUGGCAUCCGAGGGGUGAAUCGUACCAAGCACUCUGACAACCACGUCAUCGGAGACAUGGGCAGCGUUAUCUACGAUGACAGCUUCGACCUCUUCAAAGAGAUUGGCAACCUGUGCCGCCUCUGCAAAGCCAUCGCCAGCAACACCGAGCUGGUGAAGCCAGGAGGGGCUCAGUGCCUGCCCUCGGGUUAUAGCAUCUCCUCCUUUCUGCAGAUGUUGCACCCUGAGUGCAAGAACAUCCCUGAGCCGAACCUGCUGCCUGGCCAGCUCUCUCACGGGGCAGUGGGAGUGAAGGAUGGGAAGGUGCAGUGGAUCUCCAUGGCAUUUGAAUCGACAACCUACAAAGGGAAAUCCUCCUUCCAGACAUACGCUGAUUAUCUGAAAUGGGAGACAUUCCUGCAGCAGCAACUCCAGCUUUUCCCUGAGGGUUCUGCUCUCCGUCAUGGUUUCCAGACCUGUGAGCACUGGAAGCAGAUCUUCAUGGAGAUUAUAGGAGUACAGAGUGCCCUGUAUGGUCUCAUCCUUUCGCUGGUUAUUUGUGUGGCUGCAGUGGCAGUGUUCACCACUCACAUCCUCCUCCUGCUGCCAGUCCUGCUCAGCAUCUUAGGGGUGGUGUGCCUGGUGGUGACCAUCAUGUACUGGUCUGGCUGGGAAAUGGGAGCUGUGGAAGCCAUUUCUCUGUCCAUCCUCGUUGGCUCUUCUGUCGAUUACUGCGUGCACUUGGUGGAGGGCUACCUGCUGGCAGGGGAAAACCUGCCGCUGCACCACGCAGAGGACCCCACAGCCUGCCGCCAGUGGAGGACGAUUGAAGCCAUCCGUCAUGUAGGCGUAGCAAUUGUCUCCAGUGCCGUCACCACCGUGAUUGCCACCGUCCCACUUUUCUUCUGCAUCAUUGCCCCUUUCGCCAAGUUUGGGAAGAUCGUGGCCCUCAACACUGGAGUCUCCAUCCUAUACACUCUGACUGUGAGCACAGCCCUAUUGAGCAUCAUGGGGCCUGGCACCUUCACCCGGAGCAGGACUUCCUGCCUCAAGGCUGUGGCAGGGGUGCUUCUCACCGGCCUGCUGGGUCUAUGCAUCUGCCUUGCCCUUCUAAAGGGUGGAUUUAAGAUCCCUCUCCCUAAUGGGACAGCCCUGUAGACCCUAUACCAAGAGCCACACGAUCUGUCCUCUUAUCCCUUUUUUUCUUUCUUUCUUUUUUUUUUUUAAAGGAUAUUUUUGGUAAGAAAAAAAAAAGAGGAAAAAAAAAAUCCUGUUUUUUCCAGAAGUUUUUCAACUCCAGAUGCACUUUAUUUUCUAAUGGGUUUUGCUCUAAACUUGUAUUUAUUUUGCAAGUGAUGGAUGGAAGUGACGGACAGUGAGGGCUGCCCAGGGAAUUCCUCAGCCCAUGAGUAGGAGGGGAGAAGGUGCCCUUCUCUCCAUUUUCUUUCUGCUUUUCUUUGUUUCUGAAUGAACAGAGCUUUCUGGAACCACAAAAGGUAAAGAAGUCAGGUAGGCCGUCUGAUCCCUUUCAAACUGCUUCCUUUCUGUCCUUCCCAUGGCCAGGGUCAGCAUUGCAAUGAUGGCUCUUGAGGUGAUGCCCUGUCCCCACACCAGGGCUGUGCAUCAACACCUGAGCCUUGCAAACAGCAGUGAGCUGGAGAGGCCUGGGGAAUAGCAUUGCUCUGCUGUGCCCUGUGCUCAGCACUGCACAGGGCACGUUUCCCAGCUAGCUCUUAUUGGGGUGGUUGUGAGAUUAAAACAAGAGAUUUUGGGGCAGCACCACUCGCUGGGACCUGCUUUCAUUGUUAGUUGGGAAUGCCACAACAUUCGGCUCUCCCUUUCUUUCAUAAAGGACGCUGGACCUCUCACUGGGAUCUCUUGUGUCUAUGAACAGUCAUCAGAACACAAUUGAUGCCUCCAGGGCCCCAACCUCCUCUCCUUCUUGCCAAGGUAGCAGUGGUGUCCAGUUCCAUCUCCUGCUCUGUGGCUUCAUCAAUCUACCUCUGCUCUUGCAUGGCAGAGAGAGAACUGAUGGCCUUCACCUCUGUCCAAAGAUUUUUGCUCCUGGACCUGGCAUCCAGCUUUUAGCCUAAGGAUGUUCUAACCCCUGUGGGCAGGUAGAGCCCAUAGCAUGCAUGGAUAAACAGUGGGGCAUUCUCUGUGGCAGCUCAAGAGACGCUGCUGCGCAGACAUGAAGGCAACAGAGCUUCAGCCUGAGGCUGCUGCCUGCUCAAAGCAGAUGGUUUAUAUUAAAGUAAAAUGAAAUUGCAAACUGGUGCCAUUAACAAGUACAUUUUAAGCACCACUGAUUCCAUCAUAUUCUUAAAAUUGAAAUAACUAAGUGAGCGCAUUGAUAUGCAGCACAUCUGGUCCUUGGCAGAAGGGGAGGGGUCAGGCCCACUGGGAGAUGCAUUAAACAUUAUUUACAGGGAUGCCAACAGAAAGAGGUGGCCAGAAAGCAGCCCGACUCCUCAUUUGUUUGCAGAUACCAUGUCCCCGGUGGCUUUGCAUUCUCUGUCUGGAUUGACCUGCUUUUUAAUAUGGAAAUGCCAGGAAGCUGGUCCCUGGUGCCAGCCACGUUCUGGGGACUGUGCUGCUGAGAUGGACCAGCAGCUGCUGCUGCUUGGCUCGUUGUAUUCCUGGUUUGAUCCCUGCCAGUUUCUUACAUCUUCAUAUCGUGCCAUUCCUCUGAAACAGGAUCAAACACUGGAUCCUAAACUGGGUUCCCCAAGGGGAAGAAGGGAUUGAGGACAGGGGUCUCCUUGGGCUUUGUUGAUGCCAGGAGAAAUCUAGAGCACUCCUACUGAAGGACAGUGAGGGUGGUGAAAGUGAGCAAACCAGACCUGGUUUCUUCCUUACCAUCCCAUGGAUUCUGUGGGAUUAACUGUUCCUUGGCCCCUGUCUCUGCUCUGCCCAGCUCCUACAGGAUGAGCCCUGGUGAAUGAAUGGUUCUGGAAAGGAUUUUUAACUAUCUUAAACCUGUGCUUCUUUGAGAGCUGCUGUGCGGGGCUCAGCCAUAUUGAUCUGCAAGCUCCGCUCUCCCUGAUGUCUGUUGUCUGGAUUUAAUUACUAGUGGUGCCCUGAGCACUUGUAAGUGGCAGCAAGCACAGAGGGCAGCGUGCUGAUGACAUACAGCCAUCUCCAUGGGUGCUAUGGGGGCAGAGCGUGGGAGCCCUGGUGCUGCUGCCAAGGAUGCUCUGACUGGCAGCUUGACCCGUAUUCACCUAUUGCUUCAACCUUCUUGGAGUGAUUAAAGCUGAUGGUUAUUUCCAGGUCACCAGACAAGAGAGGAAGGUGCUGAGUUAAGCCUUGUAGCGUGUCCUUCCUGUGAGCAUGGAGAAGCACUGAAAGAUCUUUAAGGCAUAGAUCUGCUUUAAUCCUGCAGAACUUAAAGCACAUUCGUGCCCCAGGUAUCCCACAGUUCUGCUCACUAUAAAGAAGCUAAUAUAAGCUCCUCACUUCCAGGGUGAUGCUGGGCCAUUCUCAGAAAGCCAAGAUUAGUUUCAAAGAGGUGGAAAACCUUUUGUGCCUCUGGGUUCUGAUUUAGCAGUGUCUGAUCUCAGACAAAAAUAACAGCAUUCUUAGCACCCAACAGGUUCUGUCCCAUUUUCUGGUGCAGGAAUAGGGAAGGACUAACUGCCAGUCUUUCUCAUCAUCCCUGGUUAGCCCAGGUACAGUCAGAGCAGUAGGGCAGUCUGGCACAAGCAGGAGCAUCACCUUGUCCUUGUUUGCCCAAGGUGGCUUCGGGAGCAGCUGGCAAAGCAAUGGCUGGAGUGAUUCAGGAGGGAAAAGACUGAGGUAGGUAUAGCAGAUGAUUUGCAAAGGCUUAGUGAGGAGAUGGUGUCCCUUCAGCAAGAGGCAGAGUUAGGAUGGGACUUAAUCCAGGUUGUAGUAGAAGAGCCAGGAGACUAUCUCAGAUUAUGCUUCCAGUGCAAAGACCCAGUGGACAUUGAUAAGCUGAGAGUUUGAUGGUCAGAACACUUGGCUUUUAGAUCUAGAGUCAUAGAAUACCCUGCAGAGUGAGAGAGACACAGAAGUGGAGCCCAGCCUCGGUGGAGACAGUAAAUCAGUGGCAGAUGCACACAUCCAUCUCCCUGGCAUUAGAAAAUAUUCAUAAAAUUAUAGGGGUAAGAAAAUGGAUGGGUUUAUCCGAGCAAGCAUGAAGGUGGGGCUGACAGCCCUGCUGGGAAUCAGUGCUCUGAGGCAGAUGCUUGUAGCAAUAAAAAGCAAAGGCUCACCUGUCUGGCGCUGCUCCAGGAGCAGAUGCUUGCCCUUAAUUAAUUCCUCCCACAUCUCUACCCAUCUUCUUUCUCUGAUGACUCCUCUGUUGCCCAGAGCAUCUCUUGGGCCCCCAUUGCCUUGCUGUGCAAGGUUCCGCCUUCUUAGUGGUACCUGCUUUUGCUUAAGAUGUUCACAGAUGCUGAACUAAGUUAUGCUGGAGAGAAUUUCUUAGGCAGGGGAAUCUAAGGUGCUAAAAUCCUUCAUAUAAAGCUGCCAGUUUUGAUGUGUUUAAAUAGUCAAACGCAGCAGCCCAUUGUCAUGGAAAUAUUUCAUCCUGGCUUGACUUGGAAGAGAAUGUGCUCUUUUCCCAUCUCAAAACAAUCUUAUUGCUGCAAUUAUAAAAGAAACACACACAGGUUCUCAGUUACAGCGCAACGCAAUGAAAUAUUUGUUAUCUGCCCACUCCUUUUUUCUUGUCUAAGUUCUGUUUUGAAGGAUACCUGCUGAAAAGUGAAUGUCUCAGGAUGGAGAGCGGGUAGUUUCCUAUAAGACAGAGCUGAUCCUGUCCUGACAAGAAGCCCUCAGCAGUCACAGAAGGGCAUCUGCUGCUCCUUGCCUUUAGAACAGACACUGGUGAGAAUAGGACUCACAGCAGCUUUGGAGCAAAGAGGAGCAGAGCUGAGGUGCUUUUCAAAGAUUAGUGUCAGAAGAAGAAAUAGACCCAGGUCUCCUCACUCCAUUCCUUUGCUUUUGCUGCAGUGGCUCUUGUACUGGGCUCACACUGUAUACACUCACACUAUACAGGCAAUGGGGACAUCAGGGUUGGCCACCAGUUUCAAAGGCUGCAGAUACUGGGAAGGGAUCAGUGGUUGUGUUGGGCUCUGAUCUCUGUCCCAAGCAAAGCCAGCCUGGAUAUUAUCCCCAAGGAGAAGGAUGGCAUCCUUACAGAGCUGAAUGAGCAGUCUGGCUGCAGGGAUCUCCUGAGACCACUGACUUGUCUCUACUGUAACAAACCGGGAUGUUGCUUUAUGUCACAGCACCUCAUUUUGCCUUGUCCUGCACUGAAUCUUCUUACCCUCUUGGAAGGUUAUAAAAGGCCUGUUUAAACACAAGAUACACAUAAAUGUGUCCCCACUGUCCAGCAGGAAAACUGUGCUGAUUGAUUUGCAGCCAAGCAGGGCAAGUGUCUUAAUAAUCACCAAAAUCACCGCUCACCCUGGAUAGCAUGCAAGCCACAGUUCACAUGUUAUUCUGUUUCAAAGCUCUUUGCUAACUCCUAUUGCUCAGCUUCAUACCCAGGUCCUGGAGCUGGAAACUCUCAGCGCCUAUACAUCAGAAUGGGGGUGUGGGAUGCAUCCUCAACUCCAUUCCUCCUUGGGGCAGCAGUGGUGGUGAUGGGAGGCAGAGCAGCAGGAAGUUUUGCAGGGCAGAGAGCAAAGAAGAUGGAUGGAUGAUGGGGGUAGAGGGGAGCAGACCUUUAGCAUCGGUUCUCAGAGUGAUGUAGCACAAUUCGCAGUGUACCGUAUGCGUGUUACUUUUGUAAGUCGUCUCCUACUCUCCCUAUUUUCAAUGUUCCUUGAUUUUUGGAGACUGUUGUAAAUAAAAGAUUUUGACACUG